AUGGCAUCGGCGAUCGAAGUUCUAGCGAAGCAGGCGAUGAAGACGUUCGGCGAUCGCAGGAGCGUCAGCUACAGGCUCUGCCAGAAGAACUUGGACAAAUUGUGGAGUCUGAUGAACAAGCUCACUGCCGAGGAUGUGAAACUGGACAAAAAUGUGCUCGACUAUGUCAGCACGCAGCCAGCACCUAUGUGUGUAAUGGACAUACUUGAAAAUAAGGAUAUAACAAUCGCGAUUUUUAUACUUAAGCACGGAGUCACGAUGCCUAUGCACGAUCAUCCUGGGAUGCAUGGUCUGUUGAAGGUGAUCAGUGGUAUAGUGGAACUGAACAGCUAUAGUCUGAAGACAAAGAGCGAUCAUAUAAUUAAGGCGAACGAGGAAAUUGCGGCAAUCAGACAUCGGCCGAUCACUCUUCAUAGUAAUUCGUCUGCUUGCAUUCUCACGCCGUCAGAUAAGAAUCUGCAUGAAAUUUCUUGCAUCAAAGGACCUGCAGCUUUCCUGGACAUACUUAGUCCACCGUACGAGGUCAAUAUGUUCGGCCAUGGACCAAGACCGUGUACAUAUUUUAAAGCCGUCAAAUCUAAGCUGUGCACAGAAUCGACAGAUGUGAUUGAGGAAGUGCACUUAUCGGUCGUAGAGAGUCCACCGGACUUCUACUCCUCGAGUUUGGAAUACAUCGGACCGUCACUAAAGACUUACAAUGACUGAAACAACGUUUUUCGUUUUCUACAAAAUUCGUGGAUUUUGAAUUUGUUACGUUCGCUCUUCUAUAUAGUGAUCAGGAUUGGGAAGUAACGUGUUAUUCGUUACGUGUUACCGUUAAUGUUACUUCUUCAGUGAUAACUUAGUAAUGACAUUGUUUGCGUUCAGCAGGAAAAGCAGUUUAGGUUGCGUUGCCAGCAACUUUGCAACUUUUAUAAGACUUUCUGCUGAACGACACUCAGCGGUUUACGCUUUUCCAAUAUAUUUACUAAACGGUGUCCAGCAUACUGAAAACAUGUUGAAUGAAAUAGCCACCACUAGCCGCCACUCUUUUCUUCUACAAUUGAUAGUAUAUCUGUGAGUCUGGAUUAUUUUUUUAACGAUAACGAGUUACUUUUUAAGUUACUUUAAGUAAUUUAAAAACUUAAAAAGUAACUUAAAAACUUAAAAAGUAACUUAAAAAGUUAUUUUUUAAGUAACUCCCAACUCUGGUAGCAAUGUAAGAUAACUAUGAUUUUUGUUUUAUGUAAAUUUGCAAGUAGCACCUUGUGUUUUUUAAGAGUCAAAAUAAUUUCUAUCGAGAUUAAAGCAAUGCUGUAGCAGAAUUAAUUGUUAAUUACGCCAGAUGGAGUUACAAGUAAAUGACUAAAGCACAAAAUAGAAGUGCUAAUAUGCUCAGAAAAUAAAUUAAACUGCACAAUUGUACUACAAAAAUUAUUCUCAUACACUAGGUGACAAUUGCGUAAUAAAAUAUCAAAUCAUGAUACAAGAGAAAAGAGCACGAUAAUUCUUAUUCGUAUUUUUUAUAUAUAAAACGAAGAAGCGUAAUCGUGCUCUCUUAAAUACAUAGUAUAUGUUACAUUGUGUAUUGAUCAUAGACAAUUCCAAUUUAAAAUAGUUUUUGGUUAGUUCAUAAGCAAAGAUUACAUUUUGUUACAUCUAGCUGUUAUUUAUUUUCAUCGUAUAGCUAUUUUGUAGUGUUAUAUAAAGAGAUGUUUUACUUUCUAAAAAAAAGUAUAUUUAUACAUACAUAUGUUUUUUGUAGUUUUUAAAGUCAUAUUUUUCUUGUUCUUUAUCUAUGGAUGUUUCAAGUGUCAAUUAAUUUAAAUGUAAAGUAGAUUAUAUAAGCAAUAUUUAUAUUGGGAAUACUAUUUUCUUGAUAUACAAGUACAAAGAGAGAUCAUCACAAAAAACGGGUAAAUUAUAUAGUUUAAGUAUGAAAGAUUAUAAGCUUAAUUACUCGAGAUAUUCGAGUAUUAACAAAUUGUUAGUUUUGUUUCAUGUUUGUCAACACAAUGGUUAUGGACAAUUGUGAUUACGCGAAAAUAUGUAUUUAUAUUUUCGGUGGUGCGUUAUUUAAAAUUUUUUUUUUAAUAUUUAGUCAAGACAUAUCUAUAUAUCUUUUCUAAAUUUCUUCUGAUUUCUUUAAAUUUUACUUAAAUAAUAAAGUACUUAAAGAAAUACAAUGUAAUGUUAUCGAGAUUUUUAAGUAUUUUCUAAAACUUUAUUGUACUUAAUUAGUUGGAUAUAUUUGCACGAAGAAAAAUUUAAUAAAUAUUUAUAUGUGACAUAAAAAAAGUUGUUACACCGAUGAUUCCGUACUUAGUUAUUGUAUGUAUGGUCUAAAAAUAAGUUUUGAUCUAAAGUAUAAUAUUUUAUAAUUAAUAUAAUAGGCAGUCUAUGUCUAAACUGCAGUUUAUAUUAAAAAAGAGAAUUUGAGACUAUUAAAUUACAGCUGAAGUUAAUUGAUGUUAUAGAAAAUAAUCACUAAAGAUCACAAAAAUAAUGUUGAUGUUCACAAGUACUUGAAUAUUUCUGGUACUAAUAGCAUGUGACAAUGUUAUAUAUGUUCACUGACGUAUCUAGUCAGCAAAAAAAGAAUGUAUAUGUAUAGAAUUGUCCAAAUUCCAUUGAAGGCAUUGUUAUAAACGAAACAAACAUGAGGCAGGUAUGAAUUUUAUUGUUAUAGAUGUAAGUGUAAACAUUGUAAAUUAUUCUAUUUAUAUUGACGAGCUCCUUUUAUAUCUGCUACAGGUUACUUUAUGUCAGCAUUUACAUGUGAAAUUAGAUUACAAAAUAUAGCCUACAAAUUUUAGCUAUAAUAAUACAAUAGCCUUAUAUUUAUACUAUAUUGGACUCUAAAAUCACUAUUAAAAAGAGUUAUAGAUAACAAAUAUUUGUCACAGCAGUUCAUUGCGUUAAUUUUCUUCCUGUGGCAUUUUAUAUCUUUUACAUGAGCAAUAUUAGUCUUUAACGAGUUAAUUACAAGUUAGAUAACUUUAGUAAUAUAAAGAAAAAGGUUAUGUAACCAUUCCCCACUUUUGUUUAUUAUACAAGGAAGAUUGGAGAAAGUAAAAUAUACAUAUAAUAUAUGUAUAUAUAUAUACACACACACACACACACGUGUGUGUAUAUAUAUAUAUUAGUCCAAUAAAAUUAUAUAUUGAA